AUGACAUCUUUCGCACACAUUCUCUCAAUAUUUCUUCUUAUUCUGAUUACACUCGAAUCGGUUUUCGCAUUCUGUUAUCCCAAAAUACCAUUGUUGGAUUUACAGCCAGCACAGUACAAUGGAUCGUGGUUUGUCAUUGCUCGAAAGCCAUCUGCUUCCAGAUAUUUUUUGCCAAAGGAUAUCAAUUCCAGCAUGAUCAGCUUAAUUCUGAACAAGGAUGCCUUUUCUUUAUCUUUCUCAGAAUAUCAUACAGUCAAUGCAACAUGCCAAUCUCUGACCGGAAACAUGACAAAACAUAAAGGAGGAUACAUGCUGGAAGUGAAACAAGCGGUUGGAACUAAUUAUGUUGAGAAGAUAUUCUUUCGACCAAUCUAUCAUGGAUACUCUGGAGAGCAAAAUGAGGAAAUGAAUAUGGUUCUGUAUGGAUGUUUGGAUGGAAAUGAUAAUGGUGGCUGUAAAAUUGGCGACGAACUUGUUCUCAUCAUGAGUAACUCUCGACAUCCACAAACUCUUCAACUCUAUAAAUCUGCUCAAGUCAUCGAAGAUGAAGCAUGCAUUGAUAUUUUACAUUUCACAGCAUUAGACACUUAUACUGAAUGUGGAGAUGAAAUGGUCGAUGAAGAUCAGAAGUUGAGACACGCCAAGAUCGACGAAGACAAUGAAUUCGUGGAUGUAGAGUGUCGAGUGGAGAAUAUCAGACCAGCUAACAACAAUAUUUCCAAUUUCUUUAACGAACCUCGAGUGUUAACUGUGGUCGCCUACAUUGAUGCUAGCUUAUCAGGAGAACAAAUUGCUCAUAUCAGUUGUCGAUAUGAUUCUGAAACAACUGCGGAAUGCGAGUGGAUUCGCCAAGAUACAUGCUUCAAGACAAACUUAACACAAACAUUAAGCACAAACCAAAUUCAAAUUUCAUCAUCAAUUUUGAAAAUCAACGGAAGCAUUGUUCCCAUUGAUUGGUCAGGAUUUGUUCUGUGGGAAAAUGGAGACGAAUACAUAUCAAUGCACUGUGGUCUUGUUGAUGAUGACGGAGCGUGUGACUCUGUGAGAGUCUAUGUUUGGUCGGAUGAGGAUCAUAUGGAUCAACCAACUAUAAAUGAAAUCUAUAGGGAACUUCAGAAAGUUUGCAUCGAUCCAACCGAUCUCAUCUUUCUGAACACUUUCCAUGAAUGUAUCAUUCCAUCCCCAACACCAAGUCUUCUUCAUUGUCAAUCUCCAAAUGGAUGGAGUCCAAUCACUUUAUCAAUGCUCCACGGCGUUUGGUACAUCGCUGCUGACCUGAAUGCCGACCCAAAAAUGUUUCUACAGUCUACAGUUAUAAAUAUGAGAAGAAUACAGAAUAGUUCGGAUCUGGAGUUGAUUUAUUAUGCUCAAAAAGAGAGUGAUGGUCGGUGCAUUGGACCUGGAAAUGGAACAGUUCGUUUGAUAGAUAAUGGAGAACUUCAUGUGCAUAUUGAAUACACCUAUUCAUUUGUUCCAGGUUAUAAAAGCUCUAUCAAAUUCAAAUUUCAAAUUCUCUACCUGGACAACCAGAGAGCAGUUCUUUAUUGGUGUUUCCGUCGCGCUCCAAACGGAACUUGUAUUCAACAUGAUGUCACUUUUAUGAUACGCUCUCGUCACUUUUCCCACAACGAUCUUUCAAUGAUUCUUCCUUAUUUGGAAAAAGUUUGCAUUGAUCGCAAGGAUUUGAGAUGGUUUGAUCUUCAUUCCCAAUGUGGAACGGAAAUUUCAUCGUCCACGAUUCUCCGCAGAGAUUUGAUCACAUUGACUCACUAUCAUGUGCUUGAUAUUCUAACAAAUGUUCAAGAACCAAAAUGUCUGUACAAUGAAAUUCGAGGCGUCAAAGCUGACUUAUAUUCCCUUGAACGUGCUGGAACAUGGUUCUUGAUGUCUCGAAUGGAUGAAAUGAGCAUGGACACUUAUGCAAUGGUGGGAAGAAUAUUCGCAGUAACAAACACAACUGCAGUCUUGAGACUAUUCCAAUCAGCAGCACUACCAGGAGAAACAAGAGAAUGUUUCACCCGAGUCUUCACCAUUCGAGAAAGAGAAAAUGUGGAAAAGUCAGAUUAUUGGUACGAGUUGCAUUUCGAAUCCACAACAAAGAAUUCAACAUUCAUGAUCUUUCGUUUUCUAUUCUACAAUCGACAUGUUGGAGUCAUUUAUUCAUGCUUGAGAAACAAACCCGAUGGAAGAUGUGAUGAAAAAGCAAUAUACGUUAUUUCUCGUCACGAAUCCAUCGACCAUGCUGAACUGACAGUACUCGAGAAGGUUGCCAAAUCUGUCUGCGUUGAACCAAUUCUGUUGUUUCAUGUUGCGGCUCAUGAUGAAUGCAUCUUCGAACACAGUCGUCUGAAGCCUCCCGCGUGUAGCUCCAUCGAUAGUUCCUCCAGUAAUGCAGAAUGGAUCGAGAUGAAUCUGCAACAGGUUGAGGCAUCCUAUGGACGUCUUCUGUAUCAAGUUGUAGCCAGUUCCAACAGUCGUACACCUACAUUUGCCCUCCGAUUCGACGGACAGCACUUCCAAAAAAUCACCGAGCAGUACGUGCAACCAUCCGGAUGCCUCUCUUCUCCGAUCACUCAAAUCAAAUUCUCUUUGCGCAAUCGAAAUUUGAUCUACCUUCCUUCUGACGAUGGUCUGAUUGCGUUGAUUCAUCCAGCUGGAGUCCGUUCUGAUCUUCUUCUUCGAGAGGCUCAAAUGUCCGGAGUUCUCCCAUGUUUGGCGCCAAUAGCGACUCCAGAAUAUCAGAAUUGUACCCAAUUGAUUUCGCCAGUGUGCAAAUCUCCGAAUGACACUUUGACAGCUACUGAACCGCUAAAUGGAGUUUGGAUGCUUUACUCCUCGGAUCCGAUGUUUGUUCUGAACUGGAGAUGUACGUUCAGAGAUGGCGAUGACGACUUCAGCCAUUCAUUCGAGUGCUUCUCAGAAUCCUGGGUUGGAGAAUGCGAGCGUUCGACACGUGGAACCAUCUACGUCAAUGUAUCUAAUUCCACAUUCUACACUGUUUUUGAUGAAGAGGAGGCUCCGAUUCGUACUCCAGAAGCAGAAAUCUUCACAUCCGGGCGGAUAUCGGUGACGGAUGAACGAUUAUUAUUGUUAAAGAUGAUCAUCUCGUUGGACGGGCGUACUCGUUGUGGUUGA